AUGGCUAGGCGACAUGGAUGGGAACUUCCUGCUCACACUUUUCAGGUACGAUUUUUGUGCUUAAUUCGCUACUUCGAUCUGCUACGUGUUUGUGUUUUCCCUACAAUCUUUCAAGCUCUCUGUGUAUUUAUCCUUUAUGUAAGAUGCACAGCUAUCGAUCAUGCUGAUCCUGGCAUUCUAAUUGACCCAAACAAGGAAAUUGCAUCACCUUACAGAUCCCAUAAUGGAACCGAAAGGAUUGUAGAAAAUAUGAAGAUAUGUAACAAGGAGGGUAGGAAGAAGCUUUAUUUUGUACACUAUGCAAUGUUGAGGUUCGAAAGUAUAGCAAACACUGCAGAAGUUGUGAUAAAUGUGUUGAUGGGUUUGAUCAUCAUUGUAGGUAAGGUGUCCCAAGCUCACGACUACCACCCAGCCUUAUCCAAUCCGUAUCCUCCUCCAUUACAAGCAGCAGCAUAUCCUCUCCCAUGGUUCCCUUUUGAUUCCUCCUGCUCUACCCACCCCUCCAUCUCCACCACUACCACUGCCUCCAUUAUCCGAACGAAAAUGGCGUCUGCAGCAUCAGCAACAUUUCGCCUCACUCAGCCUUCUUCGUCUUCUUCUUCUCCCAGACCAAAACCUCAUUUCACCCUCCCCUACAAACCCUACGCUUUUUCACCUAUUCCCAAAUACCCAAAACUCCAAAUCGCUUCGAAGUCCAUUGAUGUCUCCAAAGAAGACAAACCCAUCUUAGAUCCGCCAACAGAACCGGUAGAGACCACAGAAGAAUUCGAUAAACGCAGACUAGAAGAGAAAUUCGCAGUCCUAAACACCGGAAUUUACGAGUGCCGGUCGUGUGGAUACUUGUACAACGAAGCCGCCGGAGAUCCAUCAUACCCGAUCGCACCUGGUUUGCCGUUCGAUAAAUUGCCGGACGAUUGGAGGUGUCCGACAUGUGGCGCUGCGCAGACGUUCUUUCAGAGUAAGAGUGUGGAGAUUGCGGGGUUCGCUCAGAAUCAGCAGUUUGGUUUAGGGGGUAACACGCUCACCUCCGGCCAGAAGGCGAUUCUUAUCUACGGGCUAUGGUGAAAAUAAACUAGAAACUAUCCUACAUUUCCACUAGACAUGACUUUCGAGCAUUCUAGGGCUAUUUCCGAACAUUAUGACAAGGAGGGUGACGAUUCACAAUAUUCACGAUAGUUUGAGAGCAAGUACAUGUCUCUCACUUUGUUCCAUCAUUUUGAGCAACAAUUUUUUAAAGUUUGUGUCAUUUACAUCCGACUCAGUCUAAACUGUCUUGGACUUGAACACACAUUAGUUUGGGCUAAAGCAAGGAGUUUGUGAGGC